AUGGACAUACCAAAUUUAACACCUUAUCCAAUAACAGAAGACGUAUGGAUGAUUCCCUGCUUUGUGAAUAGAGAAGAAAACUUCUAUCAGCCCCUUUGCAAACCCUUCAGCUCAGACAUCGAUUGGGAGAAAUUGCAAACAAGACAACCAUGAACAUUAGUAGAAGACGACUCUCUGCGAGCUAUAAUAGAACAGCGUGGGCCUAGGCACUGAAGCACUAUCGCGAGAGAAUUAAACUCCAUUGUACAUAAAAGCCUUCCUCUUAGACAAGGGAAACAAUGCAGAGAAAGAUGAUAUAAUCAUCUUGAUCCAGGGCUUUUAAAAGGUAACUGGAAAGUUGAAGAAGAUAUUUAUAUAUUAGAAAAGCAGCUAGAAAUUGGUAACAAAUGGAGUGAAAUUGCCAAAAACCUUCAUGGGAGAACUGAAAAUCAAGUAAAAAAUAGAUGGAAAAGUAUGUCAAAAAAAGCAGAAAAGUCUUGUCCAAAGGGUUCUGAUCCAAUUUCUUUUCUAAUUUCAGAGAAAAAAAGCAUGGAAAGCGAAGUCAAGAUGGAUAAUUCACUGUCUGAUAUAAAACCACCACCUGUACAAAUGAGUACUGGCAGUCCAGGAUUUGUGCCUUAUACAUUUAAUGAUCUUGGGUUUUCUUCUUUAGCUGAUCAGAUAAAGAUGUGCUACAAUAUGGGAAUGGGGUCUUCUGUGCCAACAGAAACAACUCCAUCUCCAUCGUCUUUAUUAUUUUUUCAGAGUCCAAACUUUAGAUAA